AUGGCAGUCGACAUGAACAUCAAGGAGUUUCCGGUCAUAGGAGAUUUUGAUAUGUUAGUACAUCAAGUUCAAGGAGAAUGGACUACCAAGAACGUCAAGAUCCUUCCUUACAUGCAUUGUGUAAAGGAUUUGCGCAAGAUGUUUGCAAAGCUCGAGUUCAGGCACAUUCACAGGAUCCAGAACGAGUUUGAUGAUGUUGUCGCAGCCUUGUUAUCCAUGAUCCAGCAUCCAGAAAAGGAUUACAUCGACCUUAUUGAGAUAGAGAUCAGGGAUCAACAUGCAUACUAUUUCCAUAUAGAUGAAGACCCAGACUGUAAGCCGCGGUACCACGACAUCAAUAUGUUCCUCGAAACAAGAGAGUACCUAGAGAAUGCCACCAAUGUUCAGAAGCGAUCGCUCAGAAGGCUAGCAAAAUCACUUUUUUUGCAACCCUGUAUAGAAGAACCCCAGACUUGGUCUGUUAAAAUGUGUAGACGCUACUGA